CCCUUCUGGUGACCUGCUCUUGCGCCUGGGUGCGGCCCCUUGGGGCGACUGGCCCGGUGCCGACCUGGGGUCCAGCAGUGCACCCGUUUCGGCCGCCCGGGGAGGGGCGCGCGCUUACGAGGUCCCUAUCGGGCUCGCCUCGUGGCCGAGAAGCGCGAGUGACCUGCAGGCCUGAGGCCGGAGACGGGGGCAGCCGUGCGGAGGGACCUGCGGUCUCCUCCCGUCUUGCGCCGGGCGCUCGCAGUGGGGUUCAACUUAAGGAAACGAUAUGGGAGUCCACAGUGGGUUGCGCUUAAGAUUUCAUUUCCGGGUGUGAUGGCCCGGCGAGUAAGAGCGAACCGAAACGUUGCCAUUGCUGAUGAAUGCGAACAGUUGUCAAGCUGCGUCCUUGAUGGUGGGAUCUGCUCAGAGAUUCAUUCUCAUCAGGCUUCUCUUACCUGCCCAUCUCGGGAUAGGGAGCGAAGGGAAUUGUGAAAGGUGCUUCAGUGAAGAAAUGGACCAUUGGGUAUAAUCAUGGAAUCUCCUUGCUAACUAUCACCACCUGCACUCCUUGAUAAGUGAGUGAGAGAGCGUGUCCAGGAGGAGAAGAGGUCAACAUGAAGCUAAAGCAGCGAGUUGUGCUGUUAGCAAUUCUCCUUGUCAUCUUUAUCUUCACCAAAGUUUUCCUGAUUGACAACUUAGAUACUUCAGCUGCCAACCGGGAGGACCAGAGGGCUUUCCACCGAAUGAUGACUGGCUUGCGGAUAGAGCUAGCUCCCAAACUAGACCACACCCUACAGUCUCCCUGGGAGAUUGCAGCCCAGUGGGUGGUUCCCCGGGAAGUGUACCCUGAAGAGACACCAGAGCUGGGGGCUAUCAUGCAUGCCAUGGCCACCAAGAAAAUCAUUAAAGCUGACGUGGGUUAUAAAGGGACACAGCUGAAAGCCUUACUGAUACUUGAAGGAGGACAGAAAGUUGUCUUCAAACCUAAGCGGUAUAGCCGAGACUAUGUGGUAGAAGGGGAACCGUAUGCUGGUUAUGAUAGACACAAUGCAGAGGUAGCAGCCUUUCAUUUGGACAGGAUCCUGGGUUUCCGUCGAGCCCCCUUGGUGGUUGGCAGAUACGUUAAUCUGCGGACAGAGAUCAAGCCUGUUGCCACGGAGCAGCUGUUGAGCACCUUCCUAACUGUAGGAAACAAUACCUGUUUCUAUGGGAAGUGUUAUUACUGCCGAGAGACAGAGCCAGCUUGUGCUGAUGGAGACACAAUGGAGGGAUCUGUGACACUUUGGCUUCCAGAUGUCUGGCCUCUGCAGAAACACCGGCACCCGUGGGGCAGAACUUACCGAGAAGGCAAAUUGGCUAGGUGGGAGUAUGAUGAGAGCUACUGCGAUGCUGUGAAGAAAACAUCCCCUUAUGACUCCGGCCCACGCCUCCUGGACAUCAUUGACACAGCGGUCUUUGAUUACCUGAUUGGCAAUGCAGACCGCCAUCACUAUGAGAGCUUUCAAGAUGACGAAGGCGCUAGUAUGCUCAUCCUUCUUGACAAUGCCAAAAGCUUUGGGAACCCCUCACUGGACGAGAGAAGCAUUCUUGCCCCCCUCUAUCAGUGCUGCAUCAUUCGGGUUUCCACGUGGAACAGACUGAACUACCUAAAGAAUGGUGUACUAAAGUCUGCCUUAAAAUCUGCCAUGGCCCAUGACCCCAUCUCCCCAGUGCUCUCUGAUCCUCACCUGGAUGCCGUUGAGCAGCGGCUCCUGAGUGUUCUGGCCACCGUGAAGCAGUGCACUGACCAGUUUGGAAUGGACAGCGUGCUGGUGGAAGACAGGAUGCCCCUCUCCCACUUGUAAUUCUCAACCAGAAAAAGUGAAACUUGUUUUUACAAAGCUAGAGAAACAGCACAAUCAAUUCCCAGUGGUAUGAGAUGGACUGGAAAUGGCUGUUGAUAAGUUCUGGUGACGGGACAGCAUGGCCUUGGAUGUAUGUCGUGUUUUCAGAAGUAGAAUCUAAAGCAAAACAAGUUUCAGAGCAUGGAGAUAU